AUGAAGCUCUCGCCGUCAAGAUGUUUGCCCGUUCUUCUGGGAACUUCGUCUUUAACCAUUGCGAACCCAUCAGCCGAUUGUAAAUGCUUUCCUGGCGACGACUGCUGGCCUUCGGCGGCGGAAUGGAAAGCCCUAAACACCUCCGUUUCAGGGAACCUUAUCAAGACUGUCCCUCUUGGUGCGCCAUGCCAUGACCCGACGUUUAAGGGGGACGUAUGUCAAUCUCUGAGGGAACAGUGGCAGAACGCUACAAUUCAUUUUGCCUCGUCCUCAUCAGUGAUGGCUCCAUUUUUUGCCAAUCAAAGCUGCGACCCAUUUCAACCACGGAUUCGUCCAUGCGAGCUAGGCAACUAUGUUUCUUAUGCUAUCGCUGCUAAGACAACUUCCGAUGUCCAGAAGGCGAUAGCUUUCGCACGUGCAAAGCAUAUUCGCCUCGUUAUCCGCAACACUGGCCAUGACUAUCUGGGUCGCUCAACAGGCACCGGCGCGCUUGGCGUGUGGACACACCACCUCAAAAAUAUCGAGUUCGUGGAUUGGGGCGAUGAUACUUAUACAGGUAAUGCUGUCAAGUUGGGUGCCGGUGUCCAGGGAUUUGAGGUCCUAGAAGCAGCCAAAAGUCGUGGGCUUGUGGUUGUUGGUGGCGAGUGCCCUACCGUUGGUAUCGCUGGCGGCUACUCUCAGGGAGGUGGCCAUUCUGCACUUUCCACAAGCUUUGGUCUAAGUGUUGAUAAUGUUCUCUCAUGGGAGGUAGUAACGGCCAAAGGCGAGCUUCUAACGGCAAAUAAAGAUGAGAACUCGGAUUUAUUCUGGGCCUUGCGCGGGGGCGGAGGCGGCACAUUUGGUGUCGUUAUAUCCAUGACAGUAAAGGCUCAUCCUGGUGCCAUCACCAGCGGUGCCUCGCUUUCAUUCUCCACUGAUACAAACUCGGAGGAAACAUUUUGGGCCGGGAUACAAGUCUUUCAAGACACCCUGGAGGACAUGGUGGAAGCUGGAACUAUGGUUAUUCACAUCAUCACAAACACAUCGUUCAUCAUUGCGCCCUUGACGGCCUACAACAAAACUGAAGUUCAGGUCAAGGCAAUCAUGAAACCGUUCGUAUCGUCUCUUAUAUCCAAACAUGUCGACUUUGAUGUUACAUAUAAAGAGUCUAAAACAUACUACGAUCAUUAUAACGAAUUCCUUGGUCCUCUUCCAUACGGUAAGAUCCGUGUGGGUUUCGAGCAAUACGGUGGCCGUUUGAUUCCCCGCAGUGUUGUACCCAACUUCACCGAGACUUUGAGACAGGUCACAAACAAGGGUGUCACAUGGGUUGGUGUAGCCACCGAUGUUGGGCCAUAUGGUACGCGAGCGACUACCUCGGUCCAUCCCGCGUGGCGUAGCACACUUGUUCACGCUCUUUUAAGUACACCAUGGGACUUUACUAAACCGUGGCAUGAUAUGAUCAAACUGCAAGAUCUCAUGACAAAUGUCAUUAUGCCCAAGGUCGAAGCAGUCACGCCGGGUAGUGGCGCAUAUGCGAACGAGGCUGACUUUCGGCAACCGAACUAUCAAGAUGUGUUUUGGGGAGAUAACUACAAGGAUUUAUUGAAGGUAAAACAGAAAUGGGACCCCGAUCAUUUCUUCUUUGUUCCAAAAGGAGUAGGUAGCGAGAUUUGGUCCAUUGCAGAGGACGGAAGAAUGUGCAAGUCAGCUUUAUAG